AUGAUCAUCAUGAAGCUCCUCCUCACGAUCACCGGCCUCGCAGCCCUUUCCACCGCAACACCAACCUCGCCUUCCACACCAACUGGCCGCAUUAAGGACCCCUGGGGAGACUUGAUGACCAUCCUGGGCUUCUACCAACAUCCCGAAUGCAGCCAUGAAGACCCUUACUGGUACAUGACCACCAGGCUCGGCACGUUCCUAGCCGUAAUGGACGAGACGGAAGGCUGCCAGAAUGUGCCGGACGUAUGGGGCGAUGUGAGAGUCAUCAAAGUGGAGCGUCAAGAUAGGAAGUGCAAAGUAACGGUGUAUACCAACCCCGAUUGCAAUCCUGCCAGCGGAAGCGGGAUCCCUAUUCCAGAGGAGACUUGUGUUCCCUCCGAGCCGGAAAAGACUUGGAAGAGUUUCGCUAUCAGAGGCUGUUUGGAUUGA